UCUGUAAACAACUCGACAGCGACAGCCUCACCUCACCUUGUGUGAUGCUGUGAUCUAGUUGUCCCGGGAACCAAACCGCUCAUAAAAUAACAGCGUCGUGUGGAGGUUUCAGUUUGGCGUUAAUUAUUGGCCUUAAUAACAAUGGUUGAACGUAUGGACCAAGAAAAUGAAAUAAGUGGAACUAUAGCCUCUGAUCUGCCGAGAGGAGUAGCACUGCUGGCAGACCUUGCAACCAAUCUCAACAAUGUUAGAGCCACUUUUGAUGCUUUGGCUGAGAGGAUCAAAGCUGGUGAACUGAACACAGCCAAGGGAUUAAGUUUACUGGAGCUCAAAAACCAGUCUUUUCUCUCAUACAUGGGUAACCUCACCUACCUGACUCUUAGAAAACUAAAAGGUGCUAAGAUUGAGGAUGACCCCAGUGUUGAUCGACUGGUGGAAACAAGAACAGUUCUAGAACGUAUCCGUCCAUUGGAAGAUAAACUGAAGUACCAAAUUGACAAGCAUGUGAAAGUAGCUGCUGAUGGGGUGGUCACUGGGGAUGAUCCGUCAAGGUUGAAGGGCAACAUUGAUAAUAUUGGAUCGUCUUCAGAUGAGGACGAGGAAGAUGGUAACGUAAAAAAGGUCAAGAAAACAGAGGAGGAUAACCAGAAGAUAUACAAGGUCCCCAAGAUCAGCCAAACACAUUAUGAUGGGGAAGUAAAUAAAGAUGAAGCAAAGGAGAAAGCAAGACGUCGAGUCCUUAACUCUACUAUGCUGCGUGAUGCUCUCUCUGAACACACAGAGGACCCAGAGGUUGUCUUUAACAAUGAUGUCCUGAAGCAGAAGGCCAUGAAGAAACGUAGAGAACUAGAAGUAUUUGAGGAGGAAAACAUGAUCAGAAAGACAGUGAGCCGACGGGACCAAGCAGCCAUGCGACAAGUGACUACUCUUGGCACAAUGGGCUCAGAGAUUUUAGGUUUCAAUAACAUGGAUGCACUACAUCAGAGCUAUGAUCCCACAGCUCCAGCAGCCAAGAGACAGAAGACAGGGAAAUCUUCUAAGAACAAAGGAAAAGGCAAAUUUAAAGGCAAAAAGGGGUUCAAGAAGAAGAGGAAACACUAACACUAGAAAUAAAAUGUUCAUCUAUA